CUCUGCCUCCACCUUCCCCGGCUCGCUCGGAGGUCUGGCCCAAACUAGGCGACUGAGCAGAGCACAACCCCCAGCAUCUCUGCCCCCAACUCCUCCCCCGCCCUCCCGGAGCCCAGCAGCAGUUGGGGAGCAGGGGUGGGGGUGGGGGCACAAACCCAUCCCUCGUCCUCCAGCCCUCCUCCCCGCGUGCACAGUGGAUCGCACCUUCUAGAGUCUUAACUCAGUUCUGGAGGACCAGCAUCCCCCGGAUCUGUCCCUCGCGCGGUGGCAGCCCCAGCUCCCGGGAUGUGAGAGUCAGGGACCCUCCCGCCGCUGUGCGCCCUGGGGUGCGCGGAGCUCUCGCCGCCGCGCGCGCUGCCCUGAGUCUGAGGACGCGCGUGGUGGAAAGGAGCCUCAGGUUCGGGCAGGUGCGUAGGCGGGCUAUGGUGACAGGAAGAUGUUGGCCAGGAAGAGCAUCAUUCCCGAGGAGUAUGUACUGGCACGCAUCGCCGCGGAGAACCUGCGCAAACCGCGCAUCCGCGACCGCCUCCCCAAAGCCCGCUUCAUUGCCAAGAGCGGAGCCUGCAACCUGGCGCACAAGAACAUCCGUGAACAGGGUCGCUUCCUGCAGGACAUCUUCACCACCUUGGUAGACCUAAAGUGGCGUCACACGCUGGUCAUCUUCACCAUGUCCUUCCUCUGCAGCUGGCUGCUCUUCGCUAUCAUGUGGUGGCUGGUGGCCUUCGCCCACGGGGACAUCUAUGCUUACAUGGAGAAAAGCGCCAUGGAGAAGAGUGGCCUGGAGUCCACUGUCUGUGUGACCAACGUCAGGUCAUUCACGUCUGCCUUCCUGUUCUCCAUUGAGGUUCAAGUGACCAUUGGGUUUGGAGGGAGAAUGAUGACUGAGGAAUGUCCUCUGGCCAUCACGGUUUUGAUUCUGCAGAACAUUGUGGGUCUGAUCAUCAAUGCGGUCAUGUUGGGCUGCAUCUUCAUGAAAACAGCUCAAGCCCACAGAAGGGCGGAGACUCUGAUUUUCAGCCGCCAUGCUGUGAUCGCGGUCCGCAACGGCAAGCUGUGCUUCAUGUUCCGGGUGGGCGACCUGAGGAAGAGCAUGAUCAUUAGUGCCUCGGUGCGCAUCCAGGUAGUCAAGAAAACGACGACACCGGAAGGGGAGGUGGUCCCUAUUCAUCAGCUGGACAUCCCGGUGGACAAUCCCAUCGAGAGCAACAACAUCUUCCUAGUGGCGCCUUUGAUCAUCUGCCAUGUGAUUGACAAGCGCAGCCCCCUGUAUGAUAUCUCAGCGACUGACCUUGUCAACCAAGACCUGGAGGUCAUUGUGAUCCUCGAGGGUGUGGUGGAAACCACUGGCAUCACCACACAAGCACGGACCUCCUACAUUGCCGAGGAGAUCCAGUGGGGCCACCGCUUCGUGUCGAUUGUGACCGAGGAGGAGGGAGUGUACUCCGUGGACUAUUCCAAAUUUGGUAAUACUGUGAAGGUGGCUGCCCCAAGAUGCAGUGCCCGGGAGCUGGAUGAGAAGCCUUCCAUCCUGAUCCAGACCCUCCAAAAGAGCGAACUGUCGCACCAGAAUUCUCUGCGGAAGCGCAACUCCAUGAGAAGAAACAACUCCAUGAGAAGAAACAACUCCAUCCGAAGGAAUAACUCUUCCCUCAUGGUGCCUAAGGUGCAGUUCAUGACUCCAGAAGGAAACCAGUGCCCAUCGGAAUCAUGACUGCAGGGUGACCCCGAGACAGUCACUCUGAGUUCUGAUGACUGACAGCCCGGAGACAGUCAGUCAUUGAGUUCUGAUGACUGAAUAUUGGACUGGCCACCAAGACAGGACUGGAACACAGUAUUCAUAUUUUGAUGAACUGAAAAAUGUUCAUAUUCAAGAAACAAAACUUCCCUUAUUAAUAAACAAUAACGCACAAAGCAGAGGCCUCCUGGCUCACACUUGUUUCACACACAGAAGGUCUCUGUGAUGUGCUAAAGUAUAGGAAAUGGAAGCUAUUCAUGUCUUUCAUUUUGAAACACAACUUGGCUCUAUCUGAAACGUGUAAUUGGUGAGAUCGCUGGCUGUUCUGCUUUUGUUGCUCAUUCUGCUACUGCAGAUAGACUAGGAAGGGGAAUCUCCGAUCACGUUAAGCACUUUUUAUAUACCAAUGUUGUCUCUCCUCAUGAUGCUGCAUGUGGUAGAAGCAUAAAGAAAGCCUCUUAGGUCUGUCUGUUUCUAAGCACCAUUUGAUCGCUCACUAGCCCUGAAUACUAACUUCUCUUCACAGUCUGUGGGUGGAACUGGACAGGAGUCUGUGGGUCUUAGCUCUUAUACAAGCAAUUUCUCAGUUUUCCACUUUUAAGAGCUCUUUCACCAAGAAACACUGUACUGAAUGCUCUAUUAAAACAUUUCCUUCAUUCUCA